AGAGUUAACUCUCAGUUAACUCUACGUGCCGUGAGAUCAGUCUGAAAGACGAGGGUUUCAAAGACAGUCGGGAGAUUUUUAAUUGAGAUAUUGAAUCCAGUUCUUCCCCCUUUCCCGUUCGAACGUGAUGAAUUCUCAAUAACUGUGACUCAGAUUUCAAUUGGUUGUGUACGCGGCGGAAUGGAAGAAACAUGCUUCAAAAUCGAACCUGAUUGUGAAACAUAACCGACUCAAAAAUCGAAUCAAGUUUUGUGCAAUAGGAACAUUAAAAAAAAGAAAUGGAUGUCAGGAUGAAUCGAAAUCUGCUUUUGACACAACAACAGUUGUGUUAGCUUGAUUUUCAAACUUUUCCAAUCGAGUUGGCUUGGAUUGGAUUCUCAACUUAUUGGGCAAGUACUUAAAUAAUAGCUCGAGUUGGGCGUAACAAUGGAUCACAGCGAUUUGGUGGCGGAGCUUCCGCGUAUCGAAAAGUUGACAGCUGCUGAAAGACUUAAAAUAGCCCGUGAUCGUCGAGUGAAUCAAAUCCUGAGACACGAACAAUUCGACAGAGAAUGUCCGAUUCCGACCAAGAAGGAUAAGUUCUUGUCUCGCAACAACAAACGAACAGUUCCAAAUCGCGGUGUUCAUUUUGUUCACAGUGUCAUUCUAUUGGAAGCCGCUGCUCGAAAUGAUAUAGAAGAAGUGAGAAGACUUUUGAUGCAAGGGGUAUGUCCUGAUUCUCAAAACGAAGAUGGAUUAACGGCCCUACAUCAGUGUUGCAUAGAUGAUAGUGAAAGCAUGAUGAAGCUAUUGCUCGAAUUUGGAGCCAACGUAAACGCGGAGGAUUCGGAAAAAUGGACCCCACUUCAUGCAGCCGCUACCUGUGGACACUUACACCUGGUCAAAUACCUUAUCAGCCAGGGAGCUUAUAUGUUAGCUGUGAAUGCUGAUGGCAAUAUGCCCUAUGACAUUUGCGAGGAUGAGCCUACUUUGGAUUACAUAGAAUCGGAAAUGGCUCGAGAAGGUGUUACACAAGAGCUAAUCGACCAAACUCGAGCUUCAACAGAAAAGCGAAUGCUAUUGGAUCUGAAGAAUUUGGCUGCACAGGGGGAAAGUCUUGAAUGCGAAGACCCCGUAGGAGCAAGACCUUUGCACAUUGCUGCCGCCAAUGGUUACUUAUCAGUUGUAGAAUUCUUGCUGGAUCAGCACGUCACCACUGACAGCAGUGACAAUGACGGAUGGCAACCGAUUCAUGCCGCUGCUUGCUGGGGACAUUUGGAAAUUGUUGAGCUUCUCGUUCAGAAUGGAUCUGAUCUCAAUGCCCAGACUAAAAAUCAUGAAACCCCUUACGACAUUUGCGAAGAUCCCGAAAUGAAAGCGAGGAUCGCCGCUUUGCGGAGUGAGCAAGAAAGUCGAGCCCGCGCUGGUAACCAAAAGACCCGCCGGUCUCAAUCGACGUCGACCAACACUCGAACUCAUUCGAUCCGCCGCAACUCUACCCGCGACAAAGGCCAAAUAUCCAAAAGGCAGAUUAAGAAUGAAGCCAUAUUCGUCAUCCAUCAAGAUGAUGAGAGACGUACGAAUCAUCAAGGCUCAACCGAGAAAAUCAAGUCAGAGGAUCCCAAAACUAAAGCCACUGAUGGCGAUGCGCACACGACCGCCUCCUUUUCCAGUCGUUUGAUUAAUAGCAACAAAAGACACGCCCCUCCACCUCCACCGCCUUCCUCCACGUACAACCCCGACAACAAUACGUCAGCGAGUUGCGAGUUAAUGCAGCCGCAGUUUAUUUCUUCACCUAUCCUGACGACGUCAGCUGUUAACGACAGCACGAUCGACAUUCACGUUUCGGUUACCAUUAACACAAAGAGUCCUGGGCUUGGGGGUAAUACUCGAUGUGCUCCGCCACCUCCACCUCUAACCGCCGCCCAUACAACCAGCAUGUUGUCGUCCUCGGCUUCUUCAUCGUCGUCGUCUGUUUUGUUACCUCAACUCUUACCGCCCGUCCACCACCCGGUGUUGUCCUCUUCACCCAUGCCCGCAGUCCUUUAUCCGGUGCCUUCCUUGUCUGGCGGGGCGUGCACGUUAGCUGACUUAAAGAAACAGCGUUCGCUCUUCCGUGUUAGCAGUGGGGGCGGAGUCUUUGACUCUGUCGAUUCGCCCCACACGAAUUCAACUCUCAGAUCUGUCAAAUCUCAAAACAAUGCCAUUUCAAAUGCCUUCAUUUUCACUCCUGACGCAGAGCUUAAUGCCACAACGUCGCCGUCGUCUGGCAACGGAAGCAACGGAUCGGCUUCCAACACGUGGUCGUCGACUACCAAAAGAGAUCCAAUCGAUGACGUCAACGCGAGUUUCACGACAAAUGCCAGUCAAGCUGCAACUUUACCCAAGUACCAAGGUGAAACGACUGAACUAGUAGGGGGUAAAAAGAAUGCUUCUUCAUCCUGUUGCACCUUAUCUUAAUUAACCAACGACGUCCAUAUCGUAGCGUGAUGAACAUUGAUAACAAAAUUGACCAAAUAAUAUUUACAACCUUCGCGACAGUUGUUUUUCUCCCCCCGUUUUGCAAUAUGUUUCUAGGAAAUCGCAAUUGUGACAAUUUGAUAUUUAAUUUAGUCGACACACAUCCUUCCAUUAGAAUUUGUGGGGACGUAAAAUAAUUUGUUUGUUGCAUUUGAAAGCGUUACCCACCACUGAUUUAUCUUUGAAAGCCAAUAGUUAUAUACGACUAAUUAAUAUUAUACUUGUACAGUGAUACAUUCCCCCCACACACACACACAUUUGUGACAUAUCUAUUCGAGCAAUAAUGAAUUAAUUGCGAUUUUUUUUUAGUCGGAAAUGUAGAUCAAAUAUUGUUUUAAUUAGUAUCAGCAUAAUGAUGCCAUGUUGUGUGAUGAAUUUCCCCAUUAACAGUGCCUGUUUUGUUGGUUUAAAGUAAGAGAACAAAUUUGAAUAAAAUGUAAUCUUAACUUAA